UUAACUAUUCUAAUCUUAAUUUAUGACAGAGUGUCCAGAAACACAGAAAAACUCCUGGUGAAGCGACUGAGAUCCACAAGACACAAUUAUAGAGAUGGCAUUUAUUAAAGAGGAGAGUGAAGACAUGGCGUUUAUUAAAGAGGAGAGUGAAGACAUGAAGAUUGAAGAAUUUAGUGUGAAACAAGAAGAAACUGAGACACAAACAGACCUGAUGCCACUGAAAGAGGAGAGUCAAGAACUGAGUGAUGUAAAGGAAGAGAAACGUCAUGAUUUUAUAACUGGAGACAAUUUUUUGAGUUGCUCCCAGACUGAAAAGACAUCCUCACAAAAAAGAGCUCAAAAGACUGGAACUAGAAGUCAUUUCACCUGCCCUCAGUGUGGAAAGAGUUUCAAUCAUCAUGGAAACCUUAAAGUCCACAUGAGAAUACACAAUGGAGAGAAGCCUUUCACCUGCCAACAGUGUGGAAAAGGUUUUACUGAAAAAGGAAACCUUAAAAAACACUUGCAAAUUCACACUGGAGAGAAGCCUUACACAUGCCCCCAGUGUGAAAAGAGUUUCACUGGAAAAGGAAGUCUUAAAAUCCACAUGAGAGUUCACUCUGGAGAGAGUCCUUACACCUGCCAACAGUGUGGAAAGAGUUUUACACAUAAAGCAACAAUUAAAGUCCACAUGAGAAUUCACACUGGAGAGAAGCCUUACGUAUGCUCUCAGUGUGGAAAUAGUUUUACACAUCAAGGAUCCCUUAAUGACCACAUGAGAAUUCACACUGGAGAGAAGCCUUUUGCAUGUGAUCAGUGUGGAAAGAGGUUCAGACGUAAAGUAAACCUUGAUUGCCACAUGAGGAUUCACUCAAGAGAGGACUGUUUUAUAUGUCAUCAGUGUGGAAUGAGUUUCACAGACAGUGAUCACCUUAAGAGGCAUGUAAUAACUCACACUGGAGAGAAGCCUUGUGUCAUGUGUCAUCAUUGUGGAAAGACUUGCUCAAGCAAAGCAAUCCUCAAGGUUCACAUGAGAGUUCACACUGGAGAAAAGCCUUUCACCUGCCCUCAGUGUGGAAUGAGUUUCACAGUUGAAGGAAACCUAAAGACUCACAUGAGAGUUCACACUGGAGAGAAGCCUUUCACUUGCCCUCAGUGUGGAAAGAGUUUUACAGUUAAAGCAAACCUAAAGACUCACAUGAGGCUUCACACUGGAGAGAAGCCUUUCACAUGUCUUCAGUGUGAGAAGAGUUUCACUUAUCACACAGAGCUGAAACGUCACUUGCAAAAUCAUACUUGAAAGAAAUUGCAGUGUUGCUCAGUGUGACGAGAUAAACUGAACAAACA